AUGGACGCCGCUAGAAAUAUAACUCAAUUGGAGAACAAAAGACUUACAAUUGAGCGGGAUCGUUUGGAAUUGGGUCAGAUACAGCUACCAGCCACUGUGGUGGAACUAAUGGCGGCCAACGCGCGGCUUUUGCAAGAACGUCGUGCUAAGGAUCAAAGACUACUUAAAUUCGAAGCUGCUGUCCAGCAUUAUCAGGCCCGAGAGCAACAAGGAAAUGUUCCAGGAGAACAAAAUCCAGGAAACCGAAACUGA